AUGGCUGGCUCAUUCAACCGCUUUGCAACAGACGUGGCUGGUCUGCUUGACAUCGCCGCCGAUGCACUGACAGCCACGAAGCUGGCGCUUUGGAACUCACGGGAGAAAACAUUAAGGUCUUGGAUCGCAGUGCCUACCGGAAUCCUCGUGAUCCUCGUGGCGUGCUUCGGCGUCGACACCCUCUUCAAGCAUGUCUCGAUCUCGUUCCCUGCCUCGGUGGCUUGCAUGCUGCUGCUCUUCGCCGGCCUGUGGUUGAGUGAGCUGGUCAUUGGGCCUAGUCGAACACGGCGAGCUGUGGCCGUUAUAGAUGUUCCUGCUGGUUGGUCUCUGCGUUGGAUUAGCAUCCUUUUUACGCCGACCUUCGUCACGCUGCCUCUCAGCCCACCCAUCAGCGCAGCAGAGGUUGGGAAGAUCAUUGCUGUGUUUGCCGUCGGCUUCGUCGUCAUGUUCAUCGGCACGGCCUACAUGACCCGAGGCCUGCAACUUAUCACAGGCUCCCACAAGAAGGCCCAGGCUACAAGAGCCGAGGAGCUUGGGCCCCAAGAAGACGAGAUUGACCUGACCAGGACGCCUCCUCCCCAGGAGACACCUCCACUGUCCACGGACGUCUCGGCGCAAACGUCAGCCGUCGCCCUCGACGACCUCACUCCACCUGGCCAAUCCCACGAACCAUCCCACAUCCAGCCCAUUGCUGAGCAUGGCCCAACCAGCACAACACCAGACCUCCCAGAGGCCCCUGCGAGCCCACCACCACUUCCGCCACAAGCCCCGCCGGCGCCUCCACGGGCCCGCCUCUGGGCUGCCAUCAUCCAGAGGCACCUCGAUACAGUCACCUACCUCGUUUUCCUGCUAUUCGUCGGCCUGCCCAUCUACUACGCCAACGGGUACGCCAUGCCCCUGCAACUCACCUUCACAAUCCUAAUGUACUUCGUCGCGCUGUCCCUCCCACCAAACUGGAAACAAGUCCUCCACCCAGUCAUCGUGUCAGCCCUCAUAACCGUCCUCGGCAUCUGGGUCUUCGGCCUUAUCCACAACCAGCCCCUCAAGCCAGUCCUAGAACAAUACACCACAGGCAACAAGUACCUCCAGCUCUGGCAGCACGCCACCGCCACCACAGGCCACCUCCCAGGCGCAGGCGACAUCCUCUCCACCGUCCUGGACGCCUCCAUCGUCAGCCUGGCCCUGCCCAUGUACCAGUACCGCCGCGAGCUGGUCGAGCACUUCGCCGCCAUAAUCGUGCCCAACGUCGUCCUCAGCAUCGGCAGCCUGUACGCGUACCCGACGGUCUGCCUCGCGGUGGGGAUCUCGGCCACCCGGAGCCUGGCGUUCGCGAGCAGGAGUUUGACGCUGGCGCUCGCGAUCCCUGCCACGGCGAACCUGGGCGGUGACGAGAGGACCGUUGCUGCUGUGGCUAUCAUGAGUGGGGUCGUGGGCGCGCUUGUUGGGGGGAGGGUGUUGACUUGGCUCAAGAUCCCUGAGGAUGACUACGUCACCCGCGGCGUGACGCUGGGCGCUAACUCCUCCGCUGUGGCGACAGCCCUGCUGCUCCGAACGGAUCCCAGAGCUGCUGCGCUGUCCAGCCUUUCGAUGAGCCUGUUUGGGACGAUCACUGUGCUGUUCACUUCCAUACCGCCCAUUGCGAACGCUGUCAGGUCGCUUGUUGGGCUUUGA